AUCUUCCCGCCGUCUGUAUGCGGUGGUAACAAAACCUUCCGAUUAGUUUUAUCUUCUCUCUCACUCUCUCUAAUGGCUUCUUCUUCUUUACCUCUAUCUCUUCCAUUUCCACUCCGAUCACGCAGUAGCACUACUCGAUCUCUACCUUUCCGAUGCUCCCCUCUCUUUCCAUCUCUUCCUUCUUCAAUCAUUUGCUUCUCAACUCAAAACCCCUCCGGUUACGAUCGCGAAGAGGUCCGGUGGCUUCGAGAAGAGCAGAGAUGGAUUCGGGAAGAGCAACGAUGGAUUCGAGAGGAACAGAGAUGGAUACGCGAGCGUGAAUCGCUUCUACGAGAGAUUUCGGAUCUCCAGCUAAAAAUUGAAUCCCUAGAGUCGCGAAAUUCGCAAUUGGGGAGUUCUGUUCCCGAUACGGUUUCGAGUAUCGCUGCUUUGCUUCAGGUUUUGAAGGAGAAGAAUCGGAUUUCGGAGAGUGGGUUAAGCGCAACGCCGAUGGUAUUGGAGAAUACGAGAGAACUUGUGGUUGAGGAAGAGGAAGUGGAAUUGGUAGAAGAAGAAGAGAAGCGAGUGAUUAUUGCUGAGGAGAAAGUUAGGGUUUCGGAGCCUGACCUGAAGAAGGAGAAGAGGAGGACGUUGAAGGUUGGAAGCGAAGGCGACGAUGUUCAAGCUUUGCAGGAAGCUCUGCUAAAAUUAGGAUUCUAUUCGGGUGAAGAGGACAUGGAGUUUUCUAGCUUUUCAAGUGGGACAGCAAGAGCUGUUAAGACUUGGCAAGCAUCGCUUGGCGUCCGUGAGGAUGGGGUAAUGACUGCAGAGCUUCUUCAAAGGUUGUUCAUGGAUGAGGACACAGAGACAGAUAAGGAUGAAGCUAAUACAGUGAAGCAAGAGGAAGCUGGUAACGGAGCGGUAUUUACAUCAGUGACACAAGUCCCUGAGAAGAAGCAAUCAAUCAUCAAAGAUCAAAGUGAUGGAGAAGUUGACGUUACUCAAAAUCGGGUUUUUCUUCUUGGAGAAAACAGGUGGGAAGAUCCCUCCAGGCUCAUUGGCAGGAACAAACCAGUAGACAGAAGUAAAUCUACAAACACCAAAACGAGGUGCAUCACUUGUAGAGGGGAGGGUCGAUUGAUGUGCCUAGAGUGCGACGGAACUGGUGAACCAAACAUUGAACCGCAGUUUAUGGAGUGGGUUGGUGAAGAUACGAAAUGUCCGUACUGUGAAGGUCUUGGCUAUACAAUUUGCGAUGUCUGUGACGGUAAUAAAAACGUAUAAUGAAGGUUCAUGUUUUAUACACAGACGCAUUUAUUUAAACGAUAUAAGCAUAUAUAUAUGUUUAUGAAUACAUAUGUACAACUUCUUCUUUAUAUCAGAAGUAUGAUAUUUGCAUUA